AUGAAGCUGGCACUGAUGACGCUCACGCUCGUCUACGUCGUGGAGACUGUGAGCAGCAUGUCCACAUGUAAGACGCUGGACCUGGAGAUGGCCAAGAGAAAGCGCAUCGAGGCCAUUAGGAGCCAGAUCCUCAGCAAGCUGCGUUUGCCCAAAGAGCCCGAGUCGGAUCAGGCCGAGGUGAAGGAGGAGAUCCCUACGACCCUGCUGUCCCUCUACAACAGCACCAGGGAGAUGCUGAAGGAGCAGCAGGUCAAGGUGCAGGAGGUCUCCACAGAACAGGAGGAGGAGGAAUACUUUGCAAAGGUGCUGAACAAGUUCAACAUGACUGAUGGAAACGAGCAAGUGGACAUGAAGACGGUCCGAAACGUGUCCAUGUUCUUCAACCUCUCUGAGAUACGGAAGAGCGUGGGGGAUUCCCGCCUGCUGACCAGCGCAGAGCUGCGCAUGCUCAUCAAGAAAACCUGGGUGAUUUCUGUGCAGCGCGUGGAGCUGUACCACGUUCUGGGCUCGUCGGCCAGCUACAUCGCCUCCCGCUUCGUGGACAAAGGCUUCGACAACAAGUGGAUGUCCUUCGACGUCACCGCCACCCUGAAGGAGUGGCUGAAGGGGAACGAGGAUAAAAAGGGUUUUGAACUGCGGCUGUUCUGUGAAUGCGAAGACAGCGGCAGUCAACGAACCUUUGGCUUCGACAUCUCUGGCAUCGGGAAAGGACGAGGGGACACGGCGGUGCUAGAGGAGCUGUCAAAGCAACCGCCCUACAUCCUCACCAUGUCCAUACCUGGAAACAGCAGCAGCCACAUCGCUUCACGCAGUAAACGCUCCACAGACACCAGGGACACAUGCACAGCCCAAACCGAUAGUUGCUGUGUGCGGAGCUUGUACAUCGACUUCAGGAAGGACCUGGGCUGGAAGUGGAUCAAUAAGCCAACAGGCUACCAUGCUAACUACUGCAUGGGGUCCUGCACCUACAUCUGGAAUGCAGAAAACAAAUACUCUCAGAUCCUGGCUCUGUACAAACAUCACAACCCUGGAGCCUCUGCCCAGCCCUGCUGUGUUCCCCAGACGCUGGAGCCGCUGCCCAUCCUCUACUUCGUGGGCAGGCAACACAAGGUGGAGCAGCUGUCCGACAUGAUCGUCAAGUCCUGCAAGUGUAGCUAAAAAGUCAACAUGGCACUGCACAGGCAGAAGAAGAAGAAGAAGAGGUGACAGACGAAAAGCAAAGACUGACGUGGACAAAGGCAACAGAGCAUUGAAUUAUAUUUGUGGUGGAACCAACCAGAACUCUUAAAACAGAGCACAGGCCCUCGUGGUUUGUAUAAUGUAUAUAUGUUUUCCUUGCAGUGCUAAAAUGUCCGCCUUGAAAUGAAUUAAUUUAUUUGUUGGAUGGACAGAUUUCUAUAGAAGUGCCAUGUAAUGUUUGGGAACAGAACUAGUUAGUGAACAGCAACGACCAAAGAAGCUGGAUGAACAAGGACCAGGACCAACGGAGCUGUUUUCACCAGAGCAUUCUGUUCCCAAAGAGGUUUUUCAUUAAAGGUGCUAACUCCCAGGUAUGAAGCUGUGGUUGCUGGGGCUUUCCUGGAUGCUAACGCUGCCGCGCGGCUAAGGGCUAGCGGGCGACCCCGGGGACAGUCCAACCUGGGAAACUCCCUGGAGUUUCAGCUUUACACAGAAACCGUCCAUCAUUUCUACCUGCGUUUUGUUUUUAUCAACCCACCAGCUUCUUGUCACGGUGUGUGUGUUUGUGUGUGUGUGUGUGUGUGUGUGUGUGUGUGUGUGUGUGUGUGUGUGUGUGUGUGUGUGUCACCUUCCAGGCCUGUCGAAGCCGUAUCGUAGGAGUGAUGACAGCGUGUUUUGCUCCCUGUCAGAGCUGUGGCUUAAGGACGUGUACGUUUUUUGCCCCGGUCGUUCAGCCUCAGUUUAUUGCCUCUUUCAUCUGAAGUGUGAUGCCUUUUGCACAACUCAAGUUAUUUCAUCUAGUACAAUUUAAGAAGACAACAAAACACUUUUCAGUCUACUGUAAUUUUAUACACCAGCGUUUUUGGAAUUUGUCUUUGUAAGAAAUAAACAUUUGUGUUAAAUUA